AUGUCAUUAGCGCUUUUAUUAGAGAAAUAUGAUGUAUCGACUGAAGAAGGACUCCAAAAGGCAUUGAAUGAAAUUGAAAAAGAAGAAUGUGAAGUAAAUGAAGCGCUGUCCAAUGUAUUGUCUCGAGCAUGUACCCUAGAAGGUCGGCUGCGCACUGCCAGCCAAGCAUAUACUAAGUUAGGUGAAGUUAGAAGUGAUGCAGAAGUGGCUGCUGGUAUGGUCGAUAAGACGGCAAUGUUAGCAAAGGAUGUUAGUGCUAAAGUUCGGCAGUUAGAUUUAGCAAGAUCCAGAGUAGCAGAAUGCCAAAGAAGAGUACAUGACUUGAUAGAUCUUAGAGUUUGUAGUGCAGGAGUAGAGACAGCUAUCAAGGCACAUGAUUAUGAAACAGCCGCGGGCCAUGUAGCUCGUUUCCUAAGUAUGGAGCCAGGUUCAGUAGCCGCGGCUAGAGCCCGCGGGGCGCCCGACCCGCGACAAGACAUGGAUGCUGCAGCUAAGACCCUGCGAGAUCAUCUUGUGCGGAAAUUUGAGGAAGCUGCGAAAAAUGAAGAUGAUACGGCGGUGGAACGUCUGUUUAAGCUCUUCCCGCAGAUAGGUCGAGCUGAGGAAGGCGUCGAUCUAUUCGCUAAAUAUCUUGCUUCUCAGCUGGAGACGAGCGUGCGGCGCGCGCGCGGCGGGGCGGCGGCGCAGGGGGCGGCGGGGGCGCAGGCGGCGCACGCGGACGCGCUGACGCGCGUGCUGGAGGCGGCGGCGGCGCGCGUGGAGCGCCUGCGCGCCGCGCUGCCGGCCGCGCCGCCGCCCGCGCUGCUGCCGCGCGCGCUCGCCGCGCUGCAGCCCACGAACGCGCCGGCCGACAGGUGUGUGCGAGCGCGCGGCGCGUGUGCACGCAGCUGCUGGCGGCGAGGGCGGGCGCGGGCGCGGGCGGCGGGCGGCGCGGGCGCGGGCGACGCGCUGGCGGCCGAGCCCGCCCUGCACGAGCUCGCGCUGGCGCACCAGCGGCUGCACCUCUACUUCACCUUCCUGCGACGAAGACCCGAGCUUAUGUAUAAAGAAGAUGAAGCUGCAAAAGCGUCAUGCUUAGAAGCUAUAGAGAAAAUCAUCUCCAAUUGUGACUUGACACGGACUGCUCAAGAUGUACUUAGCCAGUAUCUGACGCUCGAGAGGUUUUUCUUAGAAGAGAGCGUAAACAAAGCGCUGAAGAUGUCGACCGGCGCCGCCACCUCCAGCCUCGUGGACGACGUGUUCUUCAUUGCUCGCAAAGUUAUAAGACGCGGCAUCUCGACGGGCAGCGUGGACGGGCUGUGCGCCGUGCUCAACGAGGCGGGCGCGGCGCUGGAGCGCUGCGCCGCCGCGCUGCGCCGCCGCCUGGCCGCGCCGCCGGCCGCGCCGCUGCCGCUGCCGCCGCCGCCGCGCCGCGCGCCGCCGCACCCGCCGCACCCGCCCUCCAGGGAGCUGGACGACCAGCGCGCGCUCUACCUGGCGCAUAUGAACGAGGCGGAGGCGGGCGCGGAGUGGGCGGAGCGGCUGGCGGAGGAGGCGUGCGCGGAGGCGGCGGCGCUGUGCGGGCGCGGCGGCGCGCGCGCCAAGCUGCGCUCGUGCGCCGGCGGGCUGGCGGGCGCCGCCGCCGCCUUCCGCGCCGCGCGCGACACCGCGCUGGCCGCGCUGCGCGCCGCGCUGCUGCCCGCCGUGCAGGACUGGGCGGACGCGCUCGUCGACCCCGACACGGACACCGAGGAGGUGGAGGAGGAGGCGGGCGCGCUGCCGGCGGCGCUGGAGGCGCUGGCGGAGGCGGCGCGCGGCGCGGUGCCGCGCGCGGCCGACGCGCUGCUGGCCGCCGUGCUGGCAGACCUGCUGGCGCGCGCCGACCGUGCGCUGCUGCGCAACUCCUACGACCGGCACGGGGGGCUGCUGGUGGAGCGCCGCUGCCGGCGGCUGGCGGCGUGGGCGGGCGGCGGCGCGCCGGCGCUGCGCGAGCGCGCGCGCGCGCUGGUCGCCGCCGCCGCGCUGCUGGCGCUGGAGCGCGCCGCGCACGCGCCCGACGCGCUGGCGCCCGCCGCGCCGCUGUCGCCCGCGCGCGUGCGCGCCGUCCUCGCGCGCAGGACAGACUUCAAGCUAGAAGAAAUCAAGCGCCUCAAAUUG